AUGGUUGAAGUGAUACGUACGGAGGUUAGAGCAGCCCACAAUGUAGUGGAAGCAUGUGCUCAGACAGACGCCAUGGAAAAAGUUGUUUUUACAUCCUCACCACCGCCCUCAUCUGGAGGGAUCAUCAGGUAUCAUAUAGAUUCAUCAGAAGACAUCAGAUUUUCACUAUGGCCUGAGCUGUUGAAAACACUAGCAGAGGGAGAAAACUGCUCGGGCCGGGCUUGGCAAUGCAGAAUAAUUAUUGGGAUGGUUCCUGAUUUGUCAAUCAGAAAUCCUUAUCUAAAAGGAGCGGCGGAGAUGUAUGAAAAUGGAUGGGAUGCUCACAUUUGUGUUUCUGAAGACAUCUCAACAAACGGAUGGCCGGUCGACAUUUAUGCUUUUAAUCAUCAUGUUAAUCAGUGA